CGUAUUUAUUUUCAUGGCGUAUACAACACUUACUCUCACAUCAUGCAUCCAUCAUUAACCACCACCCUCCUCGCCCUCCUCCUCACUCCUACCAUCACCACCGCCACCACCACUUCUGACGCUGCCAGCACAACGCCCCAAUUCCACAACUCCGCACGCCACACAGCGGCUGACCCUCACGUUAUCUACGAUGCCAAUUCAGGGAAAUACUACGCCUAUUCGACAGACGGUGCCGACAAGAAUCAUCUCUUUGCCAUCUACACCAGUCCAGAUCUCUCUACGUGGUCCAAACACCCUGGUGGUGUCCUCAACGCCUGCUACGAUGAUGCCAUGAACAAGCUCCCCAAUGGCCAGGCCUGCUGGGCCCGCGACUGGCAAUGGGCACCUGAGACAUACUACAACGACAAGACGGGCUGGUACUUCUUCUUCUUUGCUGGGAGACUGCGUCAAGACAUGACAAAGGACUACUUUCGCUACUCGGCCUUUGAAGAGCCCUCCAAAAUUGGCGUCGCCGUGUCUAGGUCUCCUACGGGACCCUUCCACGAGAUUAAAUCCAAGCCAAUUGACUGGUUUCCCUUUGAUCCUGCGUAUCACGAUGUCAAUCUCAUCAUGGACGCCAAGCAGAUGCUGCCGCCGCCAUCCCUCGAAAACGGCCAAAAGGCGCCUAAAGGAACCUACAUCCCCACCAUUGACCCCAACGUCUUUUUUGACAACAACGGCCGCAUUUAUCUGUAUGCCUCCCGAAACGCCUACCGCAAUUGGAACUGGGACGCCAAGCUGGGCAAGUACAUUGAAGAGUCCAACAUUAUUGCUGUCGAGUUGGACCGCGCCUGGUGGGACGAUCCCCAUGCGACAACCAUGCCCCAGAUUGUCGCUUCACAAAUGGACAUCAACGCCCAGAAUGCCCCCAAACCGCCUUGCAAUCCUGGUCGCUACAAUGGCACAGGUGAAAUCGGUCACCCGCUACGUAAAGAUGGCUGGAAGACUAUUAUUUCGUACGGAGCCGACCCGCAGGCGUGGGAAAACUUUCACGUCAACGACUACCAAAAGUACAAUGGCACCAAAAAGGACCGCCGGUGGUCUGAAGGAAGCACGCUCGUCACUCGCCCUGGCGCCAACGGCAAGCCUGCGUACUUUAUCACCUAUAGCGCCAACAACUUUGAGGCGUCCAACUAUGGUGUUGGAUUUGCCGAGUCGUCCUCGCCCCUUGGCCCGUUUCGCAAGUCGAGCCGCAACCCAAUCAUCUCCCAACAGCCAAACGCAUCCAUUCCCAUCUUCUCAACGGGCCAUGGAAGCAUUGUUGCAUCACCGCCCAAGGACCAUGGUGUGUUUGUUGGCGCGCAGGACGUGACUCGCCAGACUCCCCCAGACGCCGAGCUCUUCUACGUCCACCAUGGUAGGAACAGCACAGACAGCGGCAGAUCCCUGUACACGACCCGAAUUAAGCUCGACGCCACGGCUGGCGAUGCAGCCAUGUCUGCUGCUCUCACUUCAGAUGACCAGCCUCUGCCAAAGUGGACAUAUCCCAUUGAGGUGGAGGCUGUUUGCAACGAGGAUGACACCACAGUGGCAGUUUACGCACGACAGGGCUCUGCAUUUGACAUUUCAGAGGCAACAAACAGGGUUGUGGGGCUUCCUGGCGAUGUUCCAGUAUCCGAACUAGAGCCUGCAGUCGACGGUGGCUUUAUUGUCUCGUUUGGAAAGCAUGUCGACGGCGUAGCCUACCAGCGUCUCAAGGUAGACGGGUCCUGGGACACGGUUGGCCAAGCCAAGAUCUCCUGCUAGGCUUUUUAUUAGUCUUCUUGUAAAUGGUAUUCCUGUUUUGGAUAUUUUCAUGUAUAUGCAUAAAUUGAAUAUAAUCCCAUGGCCAGU